AUGAUGGAUCCAAAUAUAUUUGCAGAAGACCCCUCCUUUGUUGAGGAAUUCGACAUUGAUUUCGAAUUCGACGCCCCAAGAUUCUAUGAUUUCUCCAAACCAGAAACAGAGGAAACAGAGCUCUGGUUUGAAUCAGCUGGAAACUAUCCUCCUUCACCAUUUAGUUUAAAUCUGAGCUGUAUAUUCGACGAUAAACAUCUCAAGAUCCCUAAACCCGUCUCGGAUAAAUACAACGGGUUCAUUUAUUACAACCAAAAUUCUAAAGAUGUUUGCAAGACGAUACAAAAGCCUAAAACCAAACCUUUUUUACGAAAAAACUCGACUUUGACGAGACCCACUGCUUCUUUAUUGGCAAGACAGAAGUCACAGAACAAACCUCUUGACAUUUACUCUGCUCAGCUUCUCACAAGAUGUCAGAGAUCAUUAGGGAAGCUCAAAGGCGAGAUCUCAUCCUCGCUUGUAUUAUCAAUGCCUCAAACACAAGAUACCAAAAGGCAAAAACUUGAAUCUGGCUUCUUGCGCAAGGUAUCACGGUUGGAUCAAACUCCCUUUGUACAUAAGGUUCCAAAGAAGGUAUCAAAAGUCACUGUUCCAAAAGAACCAAACCUUAAGACUGCUCAAAGAGCUACAAGACAACGGUUUAAGGCUAAUUCAGCACCUGAGCAGGUUGCUAGAUUUAGCUCUACAAUGAAUAAAACAAUUCAAGAAAGUGAUUCGCAUAAAAAGAAUAUGCAUGGCUCUCAAGAUUUUCAGGGAUUUCAUCUAAGGACAUCUCUUAGAGCCAAGGAACGUUCUUCUAAUGCUAAAAAUGCACUCAUGGAUGUUCCUAUUCACUCGCUAACGUCAAAGUCCGUUGUGUCUAGAAGGGGUAGGAGAGUGAAGGAAUCUAGCAGCUCAAAGACAAUUAGUCAAGUUUAUGAACCUAAGACUAGCCAUCUAGAAUCAAAGGUGAUGCGGAUUUCUUCUCCCAAAAAAGAAGUAUAA